AUGGUAGAUUACACUAGCAAGUUUGAGGAGCUUUGUAGGUUUUCUAGGGUGUGUCAGGGUGCCCCGAAAACCUAUGAGAGCUGGAAAUGUAUCAAAUACCAAAGGGGCUUGAAGGACAACAUUAUGACUGUUGUGGCUCCUAUGGAGAUUCGCACUUUUUCUGAUUUGGUGAACAAGGCAAGGGUGGUGGAGGAGUAUGCCAAGACUGUAGCGGCGUCCAAGGACACUCGUGGAGGGAAUACUAGCAAGGGACGUGGCAAGUAUUUCCAUCCGAGAGGUCAGAGUUUCAAGAGAGGAGGAUAUGCACCUCAAGGGCAAGGAGGCUUUAGGAAGAACCCUCAGGAUCAGUUUCAGCGUGGUAAAGGAAGAGGAAAUCAGAGUAAGAAUUCUCCGGAUUUGACUUGUGUGCAUUGUGGACGUUUUCACCCAUAUGACUCUUGCAAGAUUGGUUUAGGUGGAUGUUUCAACUGUGGCUUGCCUGGUCAUUUUGCGAGGGAUUGCACACGUGGGAAGAACCCAAGUGCGGGUCAAAGUCAACACCAAGGCCAAGUUUUUACUGUGAAUGCCAAGGAUGCUUCUAAGGCGGAUCCUUUGAUGAGAGGUGUAUGUCUUAUUGGUGAUAAAACAUUAAUUGCAUUGUAUGGUACUGGAGCUUUGCAUUUGUUUAUUUCGUUUGCUGAAGUUGAGGAAUUAGGCUUGAAAGUGUCAAAGUUACUUUUUGAUCUGCAUGUACAUACUCCGCAUCAGACGGUUAUGACUAGGUCAGGGUGUAGGCAAGUAGGAUUCAAACUUGAGGGUAGAGACUUUAUGCAUGAUUUGAUCUGUUUACCAAUGGUUGAGUUAGAGAUAAUUUUGGGAUUUGAUUGGUUGUUGAAGAAUCGGGUGUUGUUGGAUUGCUUUGAGCGGACAAUACGGUUUAUGCCGGAAGGAGAAAAUGGAUCAGUGGUAGCUGAGGGUUACUACCUGAACUCGAUUCCGGUGGUUAAAGACUUUUCGGAGGUAUUUCCAGAGGAUAUUCUUGAAUUUCCACCUCAAAGGGAGAUUAAAUUUGCGAUUGAAAUGAUGCCGGGAGCCGGACUAGUGACAAUUGCGCCUUAUAGGAUGGCUCCGAUAGAGCUGGCUGAAUUAAAGACUCAGUUGGAGGAGCUUCUAAACAAGAGGUUCAUUCGACCGAGUGUAUCACCGUGGGGAGCGCCAGUUUUAUUGGUAAAGAAGAAGGAUGGAGGAAUACGACUGUGUGUGGACUACCGACAGUUGAACAAAAUGACGAUAAGGGUGAAGGAGGAUGACAUCCCUAAGACCGCGUUUAGGACGCGCUAUGGACACUACAAGUUUGUGGUGAUGUCCUUUGGGUUGACAAAUGCACCUGUUGUGUUCAUGGAUUACAUGAACAGAGUAUUUCGUCCCUUUUUGGACAAAUUCAUAGUGGUUUUGAUAGACGAUAUCUUAGUUUAUCCUAAGAUAGUGAAAGAGCAUGAGGAACACUUGACGAUUGUGUUGCAAAUCCUAAAGGAGCGAAAGUUGUAUGCUAAGUUGUCAAAGUAUGAAUUUUAG